UCUUUUGGCUGCGAUCAACUCCUACCACCUCGGGUCCAGACCACUCAAUCAUCUCAUCCGAUUCGGUGUUCAGCAAUUGAUAUGCCGCCAACACAGUUUCUCUGCCCUCUCCUGCGGCCAUUGGGCGCCCGCGUUCCUAGACAGGCCCACCACCAGUUCCUCCGUUUCUCAACCGCGACCAGACUGCGCGAGAUCCAGAAGCCAUCCAGCACACCGCAAACCACCCCCGAAGCCCCCUCAACCUCACCCUCACCCUCGCGUGCCGCAGAUCUUGCAGCAGCAGAAGCCGCGACCGACGCCGAUAGCGCUCAACCUCCCGCUCCAAAGCCUGCCCUCCCUUCCCAGCACGAGACCGACGCAGAACCAAAGACAUCUACCCCAAAGAAACCCUCAGUCGGGGAACUUGUUAAGAAAGCGAGGAAAGCAAAAGCCACAAAGUCCAAAGCCUCUUCCAAAUCGAAACCUGUCGUUCCGCCACUAAAGUACCACGUUGGCCGCUCCAACAACAACAACCUGCCCAUUUACACCGAUUACAAACGCGGCGGAAACUUGCACUUGACGGUGAUCAGAAAAAUAACAGGUGACUUGAAUGCCCUGAAGGAAGACCUCGUGGAGUCUUUGAACAAGGAGAGCGACGCCGUCACAAUCAAUAGCGUGACGAGGUCUAUUCAAAUCAAAGGACAUCACGUUGCGGAAGUCUCUGCGUUUUUGACAGCUAAGGGCAUGUAG